CGUCGCUACUUCGCCCAGGCGGUGGAAUCCCGUCAUGGCAGCUCCCAGCAGCAGUGACGACGUCCGUCGUCCGGUUUGUUUCGAAGGAAAGAUCCGCGCGAGUCCGCGUGCUCGGGUCGCAGAGGCACUGCGAGACGGUCGCGCCCCCUCCCGCGAGUGACCCGGCCGCGCUGUCGGUCUGGACCGCGGAGGCUGGAGGCCUCCCGCCGGGACGACUGUCUGUCUAACCUCAUCUUGGCCCAGUGUUUGUGGUCGGAAGUCGAUGUCCGUGGUGUGUCAGUGUGGCAGUCCGGAAGCGCUCGCCCCCGCGUCUUGCACUCCUGCCGGUGCUUUGGUGCUUCCGCCUUCGGCUCGUUACUCUGCCCCCACCGUCCGCCGCCGUCGCCGUCCUGUCCUGGACUUGGGGCCGCGACCCCCGCCCGCCGCGCAGCUCGCCGGCGUGCUGCGGCGCCAGUUGGGCUGCCUAUCCACCAGGCGCCCCGCGGGGACAGGCGUCACCAUCGGGCUGAGGUCCGGCACCCGCUACAUUCCGCCAGGUCCAUGAUGGCGACGAGGUGCGUCCCGGACACGGGUGGUGCACCUCCUGGAAUGUCGCCCUCGACCACGUCGUCGCCUCGGUGAUGGAGCGUGCGGGCCAGUGGCCGUCCGAGUCCGAGGUGACCCGGGGCCUCGGCCAGGGGGGCGUCUCCAGGCAGCGGGCCAGCGGGGCGUCGUGCCGGGCCAGGGGCGCGGCCUCCGGCACAUCCGGGACCCUCGCGGCCGCGGCCACUCCGCUGCGCCGGCGCCCGCCACCGGGUGACUUCAAGCGGCGCUACGUGGUGCUGGCGCUGCUCCUCGGCGUGGUGGGACUCGGCGUGGUGGUGGGCUUCACCGUGCGCUACGUCACCUCGGUGGCGUACACCAGGCCCGGCGGGGACGGCUCCGAGGCGCUGGUGCCGCCCAACCCGGAGGUGCCGCUGCCGCCCUCCGCCUCCGUCCACCACGUGUUCAAGAGGGGCGCCGUGUGCGCGGACGGCGCGCCCUGCUCCGCCAUCGGCAAGUGAGUACGUGCGGAGGGUGCUGCUCUAGGGA